UCCAUUCUGAUGGAGGGCCGUGAGGGCAUACGUAUACGGGUAGUAGAAGUACCAUGCAGCCGGUCAGCAUCAAAUCGAAGCCUUGAAAGAACGAUCGAUUGAUCUGCUGUUUAGAACUGGUUAGGUAUCAGCUCGAGAGCUCCAAGCUGUCAGCUUUGCAUUCGAAACGUCAAUCUCGAGGAGCUGGGCGUUGGAUGUGGCGCUGUCAAAAGCGCCUGUUCCCCAACUUGGGCAACUUGGUGUGUUCAAGUCAUGCCCCCCACCAUCAGGGCUGUGCAGGUGAUGGAAGGUACUUUUCCCAAUGCUGCCUGCCAUGUUCCAAGUACCACAAGUACCACAGAACUACGGAGUACCCAAGGCAAGAAGCAGGUCGCCUUCGAUGGCCGCCCUCCUUCCACGGUCCCACGGAUUGCACCUGCAGCAACCCCUGUCAAGGCAAUCGGGUGCUUGCCGGGAAACUGCCCACCAGGCCGGGAACAUAAUCAGUCAUCAGGGGCCAGAAGGGAGAGCGAGCCAAUGGAGGAGCACCGCUGUCAUGUUGGCAAGGAGAGGUGCCGCAAGAAAGCAAGGUACGAAGUACAGGCGAUUCGAGGGCUUUGUGUUGGCUAUGUUCCAGUGUUGGACCCCAAGUUGUAUUAUUGAUGACAAGUAAGCGUAAUGACAUGACAGGCAACAUCAU